AUGCAAGACGUUGUCAAGAUCAGCCUUCCUAUUGAUAAGUUAGAUCUGAAUGAAGUUGAUCCACGCGUACGAGAAGCCAUACAUGAAAAAUAUGUCGCUGAAAGAAUCGGGAACGAUAUAUAUAUCAAAUACGAUGGAAUGCAUAAACAACGGAUCCAUGUCAAGCUGAUUGUUUCUGCCACAAUACAUAAUCAAGAUUGGACUGCACUUAUGAAUACAAUAUGCGUAGUUGGACGCGAUGAGUUUCGACCAGACGUUGGAAUCUGGCUUCAAAGACCCACGUUUGGACAACAAGCAGAACCCAUCGUUAAUAAAUGUCCACCGCCUGACGUUUUCUAUAAUAACCAAGAUCGUGAAAACGCUUUGUCUAAAAUUGCCUUUGUUCAACAAUGUGUGAGUGGUAUCGAAUAUGUCGGAAUUGCCGUCCGCAAAGCCGUCAACCCUUUCCGACGAAAUCCAAACUCUGAGACAACUUCGACUCAUGCAACGCCACAAAGUCUCAGACCGAAUCGAGCGCCGUAUCUUAUUUAUUGGGAGGCGGAUAACAGUAUGAUCUACUAUGAAAUAGAUUGGAAUAAAUAUAUUGUUCUUAGAUGUGGAUGGAAGUUGGAAUUUAAUCUUAUACUUGAUGUAUUAAGUACUUGA